AUGGCUGCUCAGGCCCGCACAGGUCCUGAAGGCGCCCAGGCCCAGGCCGCCGUGCGUGGUGCGCCGAGCGCACAGCACCUCGCCAGGGACGCCUCUGCCGCCAGGGACGCCGCCGACGACGACGACGACGACGAUGUCGAGGGCGCCGUGUGGGAGACGGCCUCGCUCUUCGAGGAGAUACUCGACGACGUCGCCGCCUUCGAGCACUCCACCAACAGUACGCCGCAGCCACGCCACGGCCCACCACCCACCACCCACGGCCCGCCCACUGCUAACACCCCACCCAGACACCGAGACAUGCACCGCCGACGAGGCCCGCCGCCUGCGCCAGCGUCUCCACGCCGUCGGUGCCAGCCAGUUCGUCAUGGAGAACAUCACCUCGGAAAGGAUGACGGCCCGCAAGCUGUGCACCGCCUUCAGCGUCCGCAUCCCCCGCUUCCUCGACGAUGCCCCCGACGAGAGCUUCUACCAGCUGCUCGGCCUGGCCAUCAACCGCGAGCUGAACAAGCGCCCGCGCCUCGACCAGUACCGCUCCCUCGACGACGCCGCCCGCCUGCUGCAGGACCGCUCCAACGUCAUGGUCAUCACCGGCGCCGGCAUCUCCACCAGCCUGGGCAUCCCCGACUUCCGCUCCAAGAACACGGGCUUCUACUCGCGCCUGCGCGCCAUGGGCUACGACGAGCCCGAGCAGGUCUUUGACAUCCACAACUUCGACGAAGACCCGCGCAUCUUCUACCAGCUGGCUGGCGACAUCGUCCCCGACCUGAAGAAGUGGACCCCCACCCACGAGUUCAUCCGCCUGCUGCAGGACAAGGACAAGCUGCUCACAAACUACACCCAGAACAUCGACAACGUCGAAGCCAACGCCGGCAUCCGCAAGGAGAAGCUGAUUCAGUGCCACGGCUCCUGGGCCACGGCCACGUGCAGAAAGUGCAAGUACAACGUUCCCGGCGAGGACAUCUUCGACUCGGUGCGCGCCAUGAAGCCGGCCGAGUGCAAGCGCUGUGUCGCCGAGAUUGCGAGCCAGAAGCCCGGCCUGAAGCGGAAACGCACCUCCAACGGCCACGCCAACAGGAAGAAGCGCUCGAGCGACGAGGACUCGGAGUCGGACGGUGCCUUUGACAUACCCCAGCCCGGCAUCAUGAAGCCCGACAUCACCUUCUUUGGCGAAGCGCUGCCAAACGACUUCUUCGACCAUCUAAAGGAUGUCGACAAGGACAAGGUCGACCUCGUCAUCGUCAUGGGCACGAGCAUGAAAGUCGCGCCCGUCUCCGAGAUCCCCAACUUCCUGCCCCGCCAUGUGCCGCAGAUCUUCAUAUCGCGAGACCCCAUCCAUCACAUCAACUUUGACAUCCAGCUGCUGGGCGACUGCGAUGUCAUCGUCGCCGAGCUCGCGCGCCGUGCCGGCUGGAAGCUGGACCACGACAUGCUGCCCGAAGACCAGACCGUGGACGUUGUGUGCAUUGACGAGGAAGAGCACGAGUACGGCGUCAAGCUGCGAAACGCGAAGCCGGUAGUCGAGCCUCGGACGGAGCUCAGGCUGGAGACGAUGAAGCAGGCCGAGCUCGAGAUCGAGACCGAGCCAAAACACACGACACGCACAGACCGAGAAAGCAAGAACCCACAGCUCAAAGUCGAGUAG